CACCCAAAGAGUAUAAAAGACAAGCUUUGGAAGACAGAGGAUACGACAAGGAAGAGAGAGACCUGAAGAGACAUCUCAGAAGAAACAGCUUGAACUUCCCUAUUCCCAACGAACCCAGCGCCAUGGACACUAAAGGCUCAUUUUCCUGUGGCUUCCUCUUGCUGCUGCUCAUCCAACUCCAGUCCAGCAGAGCCAACCCUAUCUACAGCCUCAGCCCUGCCAAAGAACUGGCCAGCAUGGAGGCUCUGCUGGAGAGACUGGAGGAUAAGUUUGCAAUGAUUGAAGCCCUGGAGUCCAAUCCUGACCUGCAAGACCCCAAAACCCAGGAGGAGAUCCCACCAGAGCUCAUAGAUGACAGCGACGACCAGAAGGCUGAACCCAGGCUAGCACCCAGCACCCCUCUGUCCUACAGGGACCCCUUCCUCAAGAGACUGAGGGGGCUGCAGAUGCCCAGGAUGAUGAGAGAUUCUGGCUGCUUUGGGAGGAGAAUUGACAGAAUCGGCUCCCUGAGUGGGAUGGGUUGCAACGGUUCCAGGAAGAAUUAGGACAACCUCCCCAUACCCUACUCUGAAGAAUGCUUUACAGUACCUGUUCCUCCCAAGAUGAAAGCCGGAUGCUUUCUAAACUCUUCAACGGAAAGUUAUUCCUAUUUUUAUUUAUUUAUUUAUUUAUUUAUUCGAUGUUUUUUAAAGAACAUUUCUUACUCUAGCACCAAGAAACCAUCUUUAAAUAAAACUAACACAUUAGACAUCUAUGCUGGACCUCUCUCCUGUCUGUUGUAUUAAAAUUUCUUGUAUUUUCCUAAAGUCAAAAUCCUAUGUUUUAUUGGUACUCUGGUACCCACAAGGCUGGAUCUUAAUUACACAAGACUGCAAAAGUAUGAACUCGAUAAAAACAAAAAUGAGUUUUUCACUAGAGUUUUUCCCUGUGCGCUAAGAAAUUAUAACAGAUUAGCAGGAAAAAAAAGCUUGCUCAACAUUGAAAAACCAACAUGAGUCCUAUAGACAGGGUUUCAGUAACAAGAGAGUCCUUUUGCUGGUACAGAUUAUUCAGUCAAGGGAAUUGCCACUCCACUGCCACAAAUCCCUCAUGCAAGCAAAAUUCACAUGAAAAGAAAUAAGAAAAAUCAUAACACUCCACAAGUUUGAAGAUAACCAGAGGGAGGAAAGGGAAUUCAUUGUAUAUGCUUUCUAGCACUAACCAAAUAAAGGUUACAAGCAUCAAUAGAAAGAUACAUCA